GUUAGGGGGAGGGGAGCUCGCCGCCGUGACGCUCCCGUCGCUCCCGACGCUGCCGCCGCCGCUGCCGCCGCGAAGAUGGCGGCGGAAAUCCACUCGCGGCCGCAGAGCAGCCGUCCGGUUUUGCUCAACAAGAUCGAGGGCCACCAGGACGCCGUCACGGCGGCGCUCCUCAUCCCCAAAGAGGACGGCGUGAUCACGGCCAGCGAGGACAGAACAAUCCGGGUAUGGCUGAAACGAGACAGUGGUCAGUACUGGCCCAGCAUUUAUCACACAAUGGCAUCUCCUUGCUCAACUAUGGCUUACCAUCAUGAUAGCAGAAGGAUAUUUGUGGGCCAGGAUAAUGGAGCCAUAAUGGAAUUUCAUGUCUCUGAAGAUUUUAAUAAGAUGAACUUUGUUAAGACCUACCCAGCUCAUCAGAAUCGGGUGUCGGCUGUCAUGUUCUGCUUGGGCGCCGAAUGGAUCAUCAGCACAGGUCACGACAAGUGUGUCAGCUGGAUGUGUACCCGGAGUGGGAAUAUGCUUGGGAGACACUACUUCACUUCUUGGGCUUCCUGCUUGCAAUAUGACUUUGACACUCAGCAUGCCUUUGUUGGAGAUUAUUCUGGGCAAAUCACACUGCUAAAGCUUGAACAAAACACCUCUUCAAUUAUUACAACUCUUAAAGGACAUGAAGGCAGCGUUGCUUCAUUGUGGUGGGAUCCUAUCCAACGGUUACUCUUCUCAGGAGCAUCUGACAACAGCAUCAUCAUGUGGGACAUUGGGGGAAGAAAAGGCCGGAUGCUGUUGCUUCAGGGCCAUCAUGACCGGGUGCAGUCUCUUUGUUACCUUUCACUCACAAGACAGCUGGUGUCUUGUUCAUCCGAUGGGGGGAUCGCUGUCUGGAAUAUGGACGUCCGAAGAGAAGAGGCUCCUCAGUGGUUAGAAAGUGAUUCUUGUCAGAAAUGUGAACAGCCCUUUUUUUGGAACAUAAAACAGAUGUGGGACACAAAGACAUUGGGAUUAAGACAGCAUCACUGUAGGAAGUGUGGGCAAGCAGUGUGUGGGAAGUGCAGUACCAGGCGCUCCACAUACCCAGUCAUGGGCUUCGAGUUCCAGGUCCGCAUGUGUGACUCUUGCUAUGAUUCCGUCAAAGAUGAAGAUCGCACUUCUCUGGCAACCUUUCAUGAAGGAAAACAUAACAUUUCUCACAUGUCUAUGGAUGUUGCUAGGGGACUAAUGGUGACCUGUGGGACUGAUCGUGUUGUAAAGAUAUGGGACAUGACACCUGUAGUUGGUUGUAGUCUUGCAACUGGAUUCUCCUCCCGCUGACCUAGGACCGGGGCAGUUUAUGCACCUUAUGUACAGCAACAAGCACCAAAUGAAGUCCUUCCUAUGAAUAGCUCCACAAUUUCUGGUUGCUUUGAAUAUCCAGUGACCAUUUAAAAAACACAGUUAAAAAAAAAAAGGUUUUUGUUCUGUAGGAUACUCCUGGAACCACCUUGAUGCAGACAUGCUUUCAAAUGUCUUGGUAGGAUGGAUACAAAGGAUUAUCUGUAAUGUGAGUCCUGGAAAAGUGGACUUUACUUCAACUUAGUUUGCAUGUGAACAGUGUGUUAAAAAUGCCCUAAAAAAGGAAUCAGAUGAGAAGGUUAGUAGAAAACAUUGAGCAGAGACAUAAAGGACUUUGAGUAAAUGGUUCCCAUAGGAUUCUAAAUCUACUCACAAACCAGUCUAGCCAGAUUCCCAAAGCACUUUUCUGGCUAUACAGAUUGUUGGAGCAAGAAGGAAGGGCAAGUAAGACUCAAAAUACCUGAUGUGUCUUUCUUGAGGGGCAGUGACUGAAUUCUGAAAUUCCAGAGAGUCCCGUCCCCUGCCGGAAGCGCAGUCUGCUCUGUAGCAUAGUGAUAGGUGAGCAUCCCAAGCCAGCUCUUCUCCCCGGGCCCCGGGUUAGUCUGUACAUUGUUUCAGUCACCUUCAGUCAUUUGUAGCCUCCUCUUUUUUUUUUCCUGACUCAUAGACAUGAGUGACUCUUUGUAGAUGUUUCUAAGUCAGUUAUAUACUCUCUUUGUCCCUGAAGGCAGUCCCCACCUGGUCAUUUACCACCCAGCAGUUAGUUUGCAGACAUUUCUAUGGUGCUGUUAACAUGGGAAACACACUAAACUGCCUCACUUUUCUCCUUGAGGUGAAGAACGAUUGUAGGGGAAACAAUGUGUGUUCCAUCCAGCAGUCUGGUCCCUGGGACACUUAAGAACCUCUUUCUAGUUCUAAAUUGAGAAUUCAAGUGAUUGGGGGAGCAAUGCAAUAUGCACUUCAAAAGAUUGAACUAGUAUUUAAAUUUUGUGACUUUUUUUAGUGUUAGUAUUUCUUGGCACUCUUUAAGAGUAGUUGGUGACUCAAGGUAGUAGUUCUAAAAAUCAGAUUUUGCACUGUAAGCAGUAACUUCCUGAUAUGGAAUAUAACUUUUUUUUUUUUAAGUUGUUAACCAAAUUUGGUGUAGAGGCCAGGUAUUGUUGAAACUUUUUAGCUAGGUGUUUCUUGGACAAUAUCAGCAUUCCAUCCAUUUUAACAUUAAAAUAUUUAUGACUUAUUGCCUGUUGGGCUGCAGAAAUGGGCAUACUUUUUAGCAUACUCAGACUUUUUGAAGGAAGAAUUUUAAAACAGAUGAUAAUGAUGUCUGUUCCAUUGCACUAAUAUAUUUGGAUUAAAAGGCUCUGCUAGUUCGUGGUUAAUUUUGUGGGAUUAAAAUGUUGCAGACUCUGAUUUAUAGUACUAGUUGAGUGGAAUAUCAAAUUUAGGAAAUUUAAAUUAGAAUUAAACAUUUUAAGGUCCAGCUGAUGUGAACUGAUAGGGGUUUUGGGGGGAGGGGUAUCAAAUGCAUCAUGUUUUGAAUUAGCCUUCACUUAUUUCUGAACACCAGUUCAUUUUUGAUACUAAACACAAUUUUGUGAGGUUUCUGUACUUGAAAGAGAUUUUUGUUUUUGAAAACUUAAUGGGUUUUCUGCUAAAAUUGCUCAACGAAAAUGCAAUUAAAAAUAUAUAUAUAUAUAUAUAUAUAUAUAAAACAUGGAAUAUUAAACAUCAUAUAGUACCCUCUGUUUGAACAAAGAUCUUCCCCUAUGUUCAGCCCAUAGUGAAGGUGCUAUCCUCGGGAUCUGAUUGGUCCUUACAAGGAAAAUAGCAUAUGAUUGACUCUGCCAUGUUGAAAAGUGAUGAACUCUGGUUUUGUUUUUUCCUAAACUUUUUCAAAAUGUCUGUUUCUUCACUAUGAUAGACAGGACAUAUUAUUAAGGCUUUAGGCAGGACUGUACAGUUUCAAGAUACUUAAUGAAAAAUUCAUUGUUCCAGAGAGUGACACCUUGUUACUAUAGCAACUCCUAAGGUAUUGGAUUAAUAUAAACAGGGAAGAAAUAAUUGUCAAACAAAAAUGGGAGUGCAAUAUCUAGGGAAAGCAAAGGAAAAUGAUUCAUUUUUAUCUUACUUGAGUUUUUAUUUUUAAAAAAUGCACAUUGCAGAAAUAUCACUAUCACAAAUUCAGUGAUAAAAAAGUGUGAGUAAUAUUGUUUAGAGAAGCAAAUAAAAAUUAUUUCCUGAAGUUUAUUAGUUGAAAAGGAUACUUGUAAGGUUAUAUUAUAGAUACUUCAUUAAUUUUUGUUUGUGCAGAGAAGAGAGUUAUUUCAAAUUGUUCAUAAAUAACAGUUCAUUGAUUUCUUCAUUCCUUUAUGCUCACACUCAUAAGCAUUAUUAGGAAUUUCAAGCUCAUAAUACUGGGGAAGGCGAUCCCUAUGCUAAAUAUUAGGAGAAUGUAUUAUGAUGAAAAAAAGGCCAAUUGCUUAUUUAAUACAAUUCUUUAAUUUUCCUGUAUCAGUUUCAGUGGUGGGCCCAAUCCUGUUAGCCUUCUUAGCAUCACGUAGAUCUAGAUAAUUCAUAACUUCAAAAAUCUUUCUAAGAGUGUCAUCUAGUUCCUAUUUUACUGCCUAGGGCAAUUAAAAUUAUUAUAGCACUUUCCAGUACUUAUUUUCUUCCUGAAUAAUUCAAGUGAGUUGUAUCUUAAAUUGGCAGUUGUUUAAACUUGCCCCAAUUGUGGUUUAAAAACAAUAUUUUCUAAAAUCAAUUUGCAUUUAAAUAUGUGUUUAAGUUAUUGAUUCUGUUAUGUCCAGAAAUUGAACAAACUAGUUGUUGCUCCUGGUGAAAUACCAAUUACUCAUAAUAAACUUGAGGUUUAACAAUGAGUAAUGUGUAUGUACUCAAGUGUCUAUUGCUUUGUUGUUAAAUACAAACAGAUUAUUGAAUGCCUACUGUAUUUUCUGCAGUUUACUAUAAUACCAAUUUAAUUGUGUGAAAAAUUUGUAUUUAGAAUACAACUUUAAGUUUGUUUGUUUUCUUGUAGGGUCUUUUUUGAAUGGGGGAGUGUAGGAUACUACUAAGUAGUGUAUUUUAGUCUCUUACUAGCUGUGUUUCUGCAAGAUGCUGUGCCCUGCAUAACUCGGAGAGACUAGAUAAACUUUUUCCCUUCUCCUCUCUAUAUGUAGGUUUUUGUGGGAGUUUUUUGGAAUACAUGUACAAUAAAAAAUGUUUCUUGCUUGUUAA